CGUGAGGGUGAAAUGUACAUUUCAGACAACUUCAGACAUUCACUCCAUUUCAGGUUCUGAACCAUUGUCGACUAUUAUCUUGUCCGCGCUCCUGUGAAUCGGAUCGCCCCUCUAUAUUCUCCAUCACACCAGCCGCUCCUGUAAUACUAAUAGUGUCGCGUCGCUCUUCUUUUUUUCCGCCGCGCGACCUCUGAACCAGCCUGCGCCUUGUCUUGAGACCGAAUCAUUCACUGCCUGUUUGCGAAUUUGCACUCACUCAUGGCUUCCGUAAGUCUUUGAUGAUCUUCCCAUUUCUCACUUCUUCUUCCCUUCAUCCCCAUUGCUCUUAAUCAUCAUGGCAUCCAGAGGCUUCGCCCCAAUUGCGAUUCCGUCGAUUCUGACCCGUCAACAGCCACGACCGCAAUUCCCUAAUCAAGGAUAUCUACCCAACGGAACUGCAUCUGGUCCUACUCCAGGAGCGCAGGCCCUUCUUCCAAACAAUGGCCGUGUGAUCCAAGCUGGUGCCGUUCGUGUCCUAUGUAUUGCGGAUGUCAGAGGUAACCUCAAAUCUCUAAAUGACCUGGCAAGAACUGCAAGAGCCGACUACAUCCUUCACACCGGUGAUUUUGGAUUUUAUGACCACACUUCGCUGGAGAGAAUAGCUGAGAAGACUCUGAAACAUGUCGCCCAGUAUUCACCCUUAUUGAGUGAACAUGUCAAGAAACAGAUCACUCAGCCCGCGCCUCCUCGGCCGGUCAAACAAAUGUUCCCUCCAGAGCAGAUCCCUCUGUCCGAACUGCCUCUUCUCCUCAACAAGCAGAUAACUUUGGACGUGCCGGUCUACACUGUAUGGGGAGCCUGUGAAGAUGUGCGGGUCCUGGAGCGUUUCCGAUCAGGGGAGUACAAGGUGGACAACCUACACAUCAUCGACGAAGUCAAUUCCAGAUUACUUGACAUUGGUGGCGUGAAACUACGGUUGCUUGGAUUAGGUGGUGCGGUCGUAAUCCACAAGCUCUUCGACAACGGCGAGGGCAAGACAUACAUUGCUGGUGGUCAAGGAACGAUGUGGACAACGUUGCUGCAGAUCGGCUCUCUGAUUGACACCGCCAAUCGUGUCUAUGACCCUUCAGAAACCCGCAUCUUUCUUACGCAUGCGUCUCCGGCAAGAGAUGGUAUUCUCAACCAGCUAUCUGUUACCUUGAAGGCCGACUUCUCGAUUUCCGCGGGUCUACAUUUCAGAUAUGGCAGCUCCUACAACGAAUUCUCUGUCAACCCGUCUUUGGACCACUACCGUGGUAAGCUGGCCGCAUCCAAGGCAUCUUUCCAGGAUGUAUGGGAGACGGUGAAGAUCGACGUUGAACAGGCUAUUGAAUCCAAUGUCAAUCACAAACAACUCCUCCAUAGUGCGCUGGACAUAAUUGAAAAGAUGCCGAGCACUGCGAACGGAGGAAAUCCUUUCGGCGGUCCAGUCGGCGGCACUGCAGCAGGGCAGGUGGACGAGAGUGCCUUCAAGAAUAUGUGGAACUUCAACCUUGCGGAUGCCGCUUUUGGCUAUCUGGUCCUUGAAAUUGAGGGCGGUCGUAUUGGCACAGAGAUGCGUGCUCAGGGCUUCAACUUUGCGCAUCGCGGAAAGUCGCCAAACGCUCAAGCUUCUCAAGAGCCACCUGCACCUCCGGCUACCGUCAGCGCAGCGCAGGCACCACCAUUGACAGCACCAACCGGUCCAGCGCAGAAUCGUACACCGCAAUUCUCCGCGCCAACACAGCCAUUCCCUCAGCAAGCGAAAGCUGCUCAACAGCAAUCCCGACCCAACCAACCCGCCCAACAAGCACCGGCACCGGGUUCAAAGGCAGCCACGCCUCCUGUUGCGGUCUCACCUGCACCACCCGUGACUCAGGGCAAACCACUCACGCCACAGCCUUCGUCUGGUGCAGUUCCCACCACAUCUUCGUUCGAGGCCAAACCUGCCACCCCCGCCACCAAUGGCGCUGGUGGAGAUAAGGUAAGCGACAGCGAAACAUCAAAGGCUAAGCCUGCAACUCCUGCGGCAGAGCGCAAACCGCCGACUGCACUUUACGUAUCAUUCGUUGAUACGGAGCAGGCUGUCAAGGAUUGCUUUGCCGAGGAGGAUCGCGAGAAGAUCAAGAACAUUUUCCGCAUGGGCAACAAGUACAACAACUGGAGAGUCCAGUUUGACAACCACGAGGUUGCUCAGGGUGCUUUGACUCGUGCUCAGACCGAAGUCCAGAAGCACAAGGGCCCCAACGGCAAAUCUCCGAGAGUUGUAUUCUUUGAAGAGAAAGGCACAGGCUUCCAUCAGCACCAGCGCGACAGUCACAGCCAAGGCGGCGCCGGGACAUGGCAAGGCAGUGGCCGUGGAGCAUCGACUGCAACCAGCACGCCCCCAACUCGAGGAGGAUAUCAGAGUGGAGCAGCAAGUGACAGUGAAGGUGGACGAGGUAGAGGUGGGUUCCGGGGCCGGGGCCGUGGUCGUGGGGAUGAUCGCGGUGGUCGCGGUGGUCGCGGAGGACGAGGCGGCUUCCAGAAAGCGACAGAAGGCGCAUCGGACGCAAAACCAAGCGAGUCGAAGCCCAGCGAGACGAAGCCAGCAGCUGCCUCGGGAGAGAAUUGAGCAAAUCGACACUCGAAGUAGGCGUGUUUCACAUUCUGCUGAGCGAAGGAAACUUGUCGCAAAUUUUACAGCGACAGACGGAUUUGAGCAUCAUUGAGGCGCCAUGGGAAGGCCAAAAAUGGGAGGCUCUGGCUGGAAUCGAGAACCGGCUGACAUUCGACCUUGAGGAGGGAGAUUUGGCGGGUUCCUUCUACGGCUGAAGAUUCCCUUCACAUAUGUAUUUUACUCUUUUGUUAGAGAACAGAAAAAAAGUCAAUAGUGUGCUCAAGCCGAGAAAGUCAUCGAGAACAAAAGAUGGGUCAGGAUUUCUCUCUGCUUUGUUGCUGUGGAGCAGCAGAUUCUUUCUUUUCCCUCACCACUGCUCGCUACAAGAUGUGGGUGCUGGUGCUCGAGCAAGAGCAUCUGCGAACCUGAAAAUGACGUGUCGGGACUCUUGGUGCC